GACCAAUCAAAGGGCUCGAAAUAAGAAAAGAAAAGGACAAAAAGGGAAAACGCGGAAAAAAAGAAGACAGAAAAACAAAAACAACCAAAAAAGGAAGAAGAAAGAAAAAACAAAGACAUAAAACAAGAAGGCAGACGCAGAGAGAAAGAAAAAAAAGAGAAGGAAGACGUGGAGACAUGGAGAGAACAAGCGAAGGACAAGAGGACGCGAGGGGGAGGAGGAAUACGACCUACAAACCCGACGGAGGCGAAGGAAGCCGCCCGGAGCUCGACGCUGUGUUGCGAUGGGCGGACCAGCGCUGCGUCUACGAGAGGCUGCUUGUGUGGGCGUGGCUGCUGCCGGUGUGUCUGCUCACGCCCUGCGCCUACAUGACCAUCAUCCUCAUGGUCUAUGCGCCGCCACACACCUGCGCGGCGCCAGCGAGCCCCGACGCGCUCACGAGCCAGGCGUGGAGGAACCUGACGCUGCCUAGGGACGGCACAGGAAAGUUCAAGACUUGCCAGAUGUACGACUACGAGGCGGCCAUCGGCGACUCCCUGGGACGCCUCUCGGCCCAGCGCGCCCCACCAGUGACAAGCGGUGGCUCUGACCAGGCCCUAAGGAAUCCUUUGGCUCGUAGGACCUAUCAGGAAGAUGGGAAGGAGGACGGGAAGGAGAAGGAAGAGGUGAAACAGAUGGAGGGAAACGAACAGGAGGCGGAAAGGGAGAAGAAAAAGGAGAGAGAGGAGCAGGAGUGGGAAAAGAAGGAGAGGGAAAACGCACAGGAGGUGGAAGGAAAAAAAGAGAAAGUGGAACACCAUUUAAAGGAAGAGCCAAGAGCGAAAGGGGAAAACGCACAGGAAGCAGAAGGAGAUGAAGAGGAGGAAAAGCAUCAAGAAGAAAUGGCGACCAUGCAAGAAACUCUGGACCACUCCAUUCCUCAACACUCCCUGCAUGGAACCACAAACUCGAGGGACGGAGAGAGAGCUGAAGAAAACUACAGAAAGGCGGCGCUGGAGUGGCUGGAGCGAUAUCCAAGUACUUUGCCUGAGAACGUAACAGAUUGCCUGUUCGGAUAUGCCUUCGACGCGCACUACUUUACGGCGACGGCGACGACGGAGUUCGAGUGGGUUUGCGCGGAGGAAUACUCGGCCACCCGCGUCCUGCAGGCUUCCAUGUUCGGCAACCUUGUGGGCUGCCUUAUAUUCGGGCCUCUGGCAGAUAGGAUUGGGCGCCGCCGGACCUUCCUCCUGCUGGCGCUGAAGGUGGCGGUGCUGGGGUCGGUGUUCGUGCUGCUGAGGGACACCUGGCUCAUGCUGCUCGUGCGCUUCCAGGUGUCGCUCGGCCUCCCGAUCAUCUACCAGAUCGUCAUCAUUUCGGCGUCAGAGCAGGUUCGCGACGAGAGGCGAGGUCCGGUCACCGCCCUCUCCUCCGUGUUCUUCUCGCUGGGUCAGUGCCUCAUGGCCCUCGUGGCGUGGCUGACCGGCGACUGGGUCAAGCUGGGCCUCAUCACGAGCCUGCCCGCCUUCCUGGCACUCGUCUAUGUCAAGGUGAUUGAGGAGUCCCCUCGCUGGCUGGUCUCGAGGGGAAGGAUGGAUGAGGCGGCGAAGGUCUUACUAAGGAUUGCGAGGAUGAACCGUGUGGACGCCAGCGAGGAGGAGGUGCUGGCGAGGCUCAGGAAGGCGAGCGCCGGCCCGCGGGAGCAGAGAGACGGCUCGCGCGCGCCGUCGAGCCCGUUGGCGCUGGUUCCCCGUUACCCCCGCCUUGCAGUCCGCGUUCUGCUCGUCGUUCUCUGCUGGACCGUCAACUUAAUGAUGUACUUCAGCACGAUGCUCUCCUACUCCAACGUCUUCGAAGAUCCUUUCCUCGGCUGGUUUUUCACGUCUGUUGUGGAGAUUCCGGCCAACCUGUUGGUGCUGUUCCUGCUGGGUCGAGUGGGGCGCCGCCCCCUCCACGUGGCCGUCAUGACCCUCUGCGCGGCGUCCCUGCUGGCGGCGGCGGCGCUUCUGGCGAUGGAUUCCUUAUCACUAAACUGCUUUGAGUUUAUGGUUGCUUUCUGCUCCCAAUUAGCAGCAAGCAUUCUUUCAUGCCUGCCCAGGAACCGCGCCUCUGGGCAUUUGAAUGCUGCCUCUUUAUUUGGUUUUAUUAUCUCCGUCAAGGAGGCUAUGUUUUUGGGUAGCGUUGGUUACGAAGCGACGCACAUCGGUGUGGCGGCGCUUGUCCUGCUGGCGAAGUUCUGCUCGUCCAUGACCUUCCUCGUGAUGUACCUGCAGGCGGCGGAGCUCUCGCCCACGCCCGUCAGGUCGUGUGUCACCGGCUUCGCCUCCCUCGUCGCCUCCUCCUUUAACCUCGUCACCCCGGUCAUCAUGAUGUUGCCCGGGCACAGCUACCUCAUCCUGGGGUCCCUGGCGACGUGCGGCGUCAUCUUCGCCAUCUUCCUGCCGGAGACGGCGAAGAGGCCUCUCCCGCAGACACUCGAGGACGCCGACUGCCUCACGUCCCUGCCUAGCGGCCGUCCUCAAGUCCCCCCUCCUUCAGCAGUCCCGGAGGAUGACCCGCGCCGCAGUCUGGCUGAAACCACGAUCUGAACGGAACGGAAGGAGACGGAAGAAGAGCCCAGGGAGAACAUUCUUGUGGACCUUUUCAUAUGGAAAAGUUUGCACGGAACUGACGAUUUGCAAGAUGUAAAACAAGCUUCUCUGAUUAAAUCAUAUCGAAGCAUCAACUGCAAAUGUUGAAUUAUUCGUUUUCAUUUGUAUGUUUUUGAAACUGAAGGGAGAGUAGGAUGAAU